CGUAAUAUUAUUAAUUCAUGUGUAUGCGCAGUUUCUGCAAAGACAAGGUCAGACAUUUGGAGUAUGGAUUUUGAUGACUUGUCAUCCUUUCAAGAAAAAAAUGAGUUCAAGAAUGAUCCCAAGUAUCAAAAAAUUCAACGUCUCAUCCAACUUUGCCGAAAAUAUGGGGUUGUUCCUGACAUAGUAACUGAAAUGGGGCAUCCCAUACGACUUCUUGUUGUCGAACAAAUCAGCAGCCUUCACGCUACAUUAGUUGUUUUCGACAGGCACCAUGAUAAGAAGCACAUAGAGUACUAUGCGGAGAAGAUAACAUGCGACAUGGUGGUAAUGAACGACAAUGGAGACGUAGACCUCAUCAAGAAACGAAAGCUAGACACUAAUAAUAAUCAUACACCACUUGCGGAGGAGGCGGAGGAGGAGAAGGAGGAAGACUGCUCAUCAACAUUGCCUCCAUCUUGCUCCAAGUCCAUUAUUUCAGAACACAUCAAAAAAUAUCUCAAAUCUAAAACUCGGGGGAAUAAUAAACCUACGUGA